GAACCAAAAGGUAAGCAUCAUUCAGUUGUAACAAUUGAAACCAAUAAGACUUCAAUCGAAUAUCUUCAUUCACGAUGUUGUACUUUGUGGUUGUCCUGUCUCUUCUGUCUGUGGUCGCCCUCGGCGAUGAUUCCAAACCCUCCAUCCAGUUGCCGCCUCUCGUUCUCAACACAAUCAAGGAAGCGGCAUCAACCUGCCUCAAAGAGACCGGAGCCAGCCAAGAGGUUUCCGACAAUUUCCUUAAACUCAAAUUCGGCACCGAUCCCGACAGCAAGAACUUCCUGUACUGUAUGGGUAGAAAGACCAACAACGCCGAUGAGGAUGGUCACCUUAACGAAGCUCUCGUCACUCUAUUCGAAGGCAAUGAACACAAGGAUGAAGUCGCUAAGGUCAUAGAGGAUUGCAACAAGCACCAAGAAUCGAACAAGAUUGACACCAUGCACAAAGCUGUUGAAUGCUUCUACAAGAACACCCCCGUUCACUUGUCUGUUUAAAUUUUGCUUGGAAAACAUAACUUUCUUUUCUUUUUCUUAUAUAAAGUUCUGUAAUAAUAAAUGAUAGUGUAUUAAA